AACAACUGCCACAAACCAAAACGUUCCCGUAGCACUGACCGCACUGACAAAAGCAAAGCAACCAAUCGGAUCGGUUUCGUUUGCUGAUUGCCGCACGAUACGGAACCCAUGAGCGAGGCACCACCGUCCRCCGUGUCCGCGACACCGUCCACGAUGCGCUAUCGCCACAACGCCACGACCGCUUCCGACGGGGGCCAUGGCUUCGCGAAGGACCGCGGUGGCCAGAGAGGCCCCGGCGGAAGGAUGCACCGAGACGCGGGCGCAUCSGGGCCGGCGGGAAGGACGCGGCAGGGGACGCGCGGGGGGGGGSACCGAGAGCGGCAGCGGCGGACGCAGAAAGAGAAAGAGAACCAGCGGAUCCGYGACGAAGAACGCUUCCUYCGGCACCUGAGGACCGCGACGGCGGUGGUGUCGGCGGGGAUCGUCGUGGCGGUGGCCUACCUGGCCUGCCUCCUGCUGGUGAUCGAUCCGGAGCUGCAGUCCCACCUGCACCUGCCGAACCUCGGAGAACACACCGGCAUCAARGGCUAUUACGACCGGGUUUCUUCGUGGUACUCGUCUUACUACGAGUACGCAUCGUCGUCGGCARCAAGAAACACGCAACAACAGGAAGGGGAUGGGAAAACUAUGGACCUGGACGUGGACUUGGAAGUGGACCUGGACAUGGAYAUGGACMUGGAUUUUUAUCCGAAUUCGGAUGCUGGAAAAAUUGAGAAAACCGAUGACUCGGAUGCCCAUUCUGCAGUACACCAAGAAGGUGACGAAAGCGACACCGGUGGUGGCAUUGGUGAUGACGACGACGACGAUGAUGAUGAUGACGCGAUCGACGACGACGACGACGACGAUGAUGAUGCGAUCGACGAGGAAGGCGAAAUCGACGAAACGUCCUCUCCAAUAUACACGAUACCAAACUCGAUGGAUCACAUCGGGGACAAAUCGGAUCGAUACGCUCUCCUGAGAAAGGAGUGGGACGAGCGGAAUCCCCCAAACGAUAGCGAGCGAUCCCUGCGUGCCCUGAAAGAAAUAGUCGAAAACAACCACGAAAAGAACAAGUUUUCCUCGAUCCUUCACCGUCUGCGGCCUCCCCCCGGCAACGAUGCSGACGRGGAGAUGAACUACGACAUCUACGAUUGCCCGGACGAUCCCCCACCCGGAUAUCCUMGGGAGUACAAAACGAUAGACGUGUUGCGACACUGGCCACCCAACCARAACCUGCCGGAAGCAACAACCACGGCUGCUAGCGAUGGCGAGGCCGAUGACGGCGAUGCCGGGAACGGCACACAAACGAUGUGGGCCCAUCUGGGCAUCUGUGUCUUUGAUUACAACCGCGACUAYGACAAGGCCCUCAACUACCGUUCGAACGAGGUUCCCUUUGUGGUUCGGAACGAUCCGUGGGUAGCCGAAACCGUGGAGCGCUGGAACGACGAAGGCUACCGCCGCACCUUGUUUGGGGGCCUCGGCCACAGCGGCAGCGGGACCACCGAUGCGAACGGYAGCGAAAACGACAACGGCGGUGUUUAUGCCGAUGCCGACGCCUCCGCUGCCGAGACGAAUCGAGGGACCACCGUGCACCACCGGGCCGAGCGCGCGGUGACGAACCAGAUCUUGUUCCGGCACGGACCGAAGAAAAAGGCCCCAAAGACCAACACCUACGCCAAGAUGCCACCGAACCGAAAACGAGAAAAGACCGGGCCGGUCCGGGGAAAAAAGCUGCCCCCCCCCACCAAGCUGAUCCAGAUGACCUACGAAAACUGGUACGAGCUCGCCAUGGAGAAAGAAAGGAGGCUGGUAUCAAACCAAACCAGCCUCGCGGAGGGCGGCGACGGCCUCCCCCGGCACGGCUACGAGACCAAGCCCGAUCGAGCGAGCGACUCGUACUACUAUUACUUUCGGCUGGUGGGCUGCGGGGAAAAGGAGGGCUGCGAGAAGAACUCCACCGAGUACCUCUUCGACGAGCUGCCCUUCUUCCAGCCCCGGAAGAGCCGCGGGCCGAGCGAUCCGCGAAGCGGCAAGCGAUCCAAACCCACGAAACCGAGGAGGGGAUCACCGCGGGGCCAGACCCAUCCGGCGUCGCCGGAAUCCACGGAACCGGCCCCCKGGGACCACCGAGAAAACCUCUACCUCGUGGAAUUGGACAAGCAGCGGGGAGUGAGUGUCCGCUCGUUGUUUCGACGAGAACGGCAGCGCGUGUUUGCUUUUGUGCUUCUGCUCUUUUGUUCUUCUUCGUAGGGCGUUGCUCUGUGUGUGUUUUUUGUGUGUGUCUGUCUGUGUCCGUGUGUGUCGUGCACGAUUGUUUUCUCACGCUGCCUCUCCCCCCCCCCCCUUCCGUUCUCCAGAUCCAUUGCCGGUUCGGCAUGCCGGGCAUGAUUGCCGCCAACCACUACGACGCGAGCCGCAACGCGAUCGCCGUCCUCGGAGGGACCCGGCGGUACGUGGUGUCGAGGCCGGCGCAGUGCCGCAACCUGGGCCUCUUUCCGCCGGGGCACCCYUCGGCCCGGCAUUCCAGGGUCGAUUGGACGACGGCCCCGGCCGAUUACGAAGACCUGGUCCGGACSGUCGACGAACGCAGCGACGAAGCGGAACCGCUGUCGCCGCCGUCGUCUUCGGAYAACACUGUUCCGUGGAAAGAAUACAACGAAUCCCUGUCGCUCCUCGCCAACCAAGCCAGGUCCACAGAGGUUGUCCUGGAAGCCGGCGACGUUCUCUACCUGCCUAGCUACUGGUUYCACUACAUUGUCAGCCUGGAUACGAACAUGCAGUGCAACACACGCUCGGGAAAAGGAGACGGCAGGGAKGACCAAACCAUGACAGACUGUGGGUUUCGGCCAAAGAAACGAUAAGAGCCGCGCGUCUCGGGCGAAAGACGGCAAUCGCUUGCAGCGAAAAAGCGAUCGGAGCAAAACGCUCGUGUCGAGAAGGAUCCAAUGCCAUACCACACUGUAACUGUAAUAUACCAUGUUAUGCUAU